GAAAAGGAGGGAACGGGCGAGACGGAGAGAGAGCUCGACACUCGACAGCGGGGAGGCGUGGAGCAUUUAUAGCUACUUCAACCCGAAUGCCAGUUAUUUUGCAAACAAAUCCACAUUGUCAGCCGCCGUUCUUCUCUAAUUGUUUCGCUCGAAAGUUUAGCUGCAUUUGAGAUCCGAGCUAACCGUUCGUUGAGAGCAAAGUUUGUAUAUGGCAGCAACUGCAACUGCAUCUUCAGCUGGUCCACGUUAUGCACCAGAAGAUCCCACCCUCCCUAAACCUUGGCGAGGCCUAGUUGAUGGUAAGACUGGGUAUCUUUACUUCUGGAAUCCUGAGACCAAUGUUACUCAAUAUGAGAGGCCUGGGGGCUCUGCUCCAUCAAAUAAAUCAUCAUCUGGACCUGUAAGUUCAUCCAUUCAGAAGUCUUCUCAAGGACAACACCCUGACAAUGGUGAUGAUGAUAGAUAUGACAGAGGUAGCAAUGGUGGCUCAAGCAGACUUUCCACCGGGGCAGAAAGAGGCAGCUCUGACCAUUCUCGUGAUGUUUCACAAAUGCCAGAAGCUGGAGGUGGACCAUCUGCUCCUAAAAGUAAUAGUGGAUUAAGUAUGGGGAGCGACCUAUCUCCGGAUAGCUAUCGCCGCCAGCAUGAAAUAUCUGUAACUGGAGAUAAUGUACCCCCACCUUUCACAUCAUUUAAAGCAACUGGGUUUCCGUCAGAGCUUUUGAGAGAGUUACACCAAGCUGGGUUUUCAGCUCCAACUCCAAUACAGGCGCAGUCAUGGCCUAUAGCUCUUCAAGGCCGAGACAUAGUGGCAAUUGCGAAGACUGGUUCAGGGAAAACUUUGGGUUAUUUGAUUCCUGGUUUUAUGCAUCUAAAACGACGUAAUAAUAAUCCUAGAAUGGGCCCAACUGUUUUGGUCUUGUCCCCAACAAGAGAGUUGGCAACACAAAUACAAGAUGAAGCUGUAAAGUUUGGUACAACUUCAAGGAUUUCUUCUACGUGUCUGUAUGGAGGAGCACCAAAAGGUCCACAGUUGAGGGAGUUGGACAAAGGUGUAGACAUUGUGGUGGCAACUCCUGGUCGUUUAAAUGACAUUUUGGAAAUGAAAAGAGUUACACUACAUCAAGUUUCAUAUUUGGUAUUGGACGAAGCAGACCGCAUGUUGGACAUGGGGUUUGAACCUCAGAUAAGAAAGAUUGUGAAGGAGGUGCCGUCUCAGCGGCAGACUCUGAUGUACACAGCAACAUGGCCAAAGGAUGUCCGUAAAAUUGCUGCUGAUCUACUGGUUAAUCCAGUCCAGGUUAACAUUGGGAAUGUUGAUGAACUUGUUGCAAACAAGUCAAUAACACAGUAUGUUGAAGUGUUACAGUCAAUGGAGAAACGCCGUCGGCUAGAGCAGAUAUUGAGAUCACAAGAGCCAGGAUCAAAGAUUAUUAUUUUCUGUUCAACAAAGAAGAUGUGUGAUAUGCUUGCAGGCAACCUUAACAACAAGUUCGGGGCAGCAGCCAUUCAUGGGGACAAAUCUCAGAGUGACAGAGAUUACGUGUUAAGUCAAUUCCGCACUGGUAGGUCUCCGGUGCUUGUGGCCACUGAUGUUGCUGCUCGAGGCUUGGACGUUAAAGAUAUCAGGGUUGUCAUAAACUUUGACUUCCCUACUGGAAUAGAGGAUUAUGUACACAGAAUUGGAAGAACAGGUCGUGCAGGUGCUACUGGUGUGGCAUACACAUUUUUUGGUGACCAGGAUGGGAGGUAUGCUUCGGAUCUCAUCAAAAUUUUAGAAGGAGCAAGUCAACGUGUUCCUGAUGAACUACGUGAUAUUGCUUCCCGUGGUGGUGGUGGUGGUGGAAUGGGAAGGGCUAGACGUCAAUGGAGUGCUGCCCCAGGUGGACGUGAUGGAGGAAACAUUGGACAGGACUCAGGAAGGGCAGGCUGGAGUAUGUCAUUCUCUUCGGAUAAAGGUGGAGGCCAUGGUAACAACCGUGAUGGAGGAAUCAGUGGACAGGACUCAGGAAGGGCAGGCUGGAGUAUGUCAUUCUCUUCGGAUAAAGGUGGAGGCCAUGGUAACAACCAUGAUUCUUACGACAGUGACAGGUAUGGCAAUAGCUCACAGGAUGCUGAUGGUUCUGGUAGCUUCCAGGCUUGCAGCUUUCAUGAACGUAUGAUGAAAGCUUCAGAGAAACCUAGGCGUAGUCCUAGUCCUAGCAGAAGCCCUAACAGGGGUUCAGGAUGGGGUGGUGACAACAACAGCAGGGGCCGCAGUCGCAGCCGUAGUGUUGAAAGGUUUGAUAAGCCUUCUCCUGUUGGUCAAGAGCCUAUAGGUGGCAGUUUUCAUGAAACCAUGAUGGCUAAGGCUGGAACAUCCUUGGUGGUCCAAAACCUGAUGUUGCCCACUUGGGAUUCAGUGAAUGUUAUUGACUCUGGAAAGAAUCUUAAUGAUGAUCCUAAGGGCUGUGAAAGUUCUCCACCCAAGCAGCAAAACGAUGACCAAUAUGCUGAUGGAUCUUGCUUGAAUUAUGGGGAGGAAGGCAACAUUGCCAAGGAAGAUGGCACUUUCCAGGAUGCAUCAGAGAAUCCUUCUCCAACUCAUCCAUAAUAAUAAGAUUGUUAAAAUAUCCCAUAGUGACAUGCAUGUCUCUGACUCUUUUGAUUUUAUGUUGGCUUAUUUCCGUGUUCAUUUUACCAAGUUGACAUGCUUGUCGACUUGUCGUAACUCGUAAAUGAACAAGAAAAAGGACCCUGGGACGGAAAUAUGGUGUUUUGGCCGGUAUUUUUGUUGACCUGUUGACCGUCUGCUUCUAACUAGUAGAACUUUACAAAAGGAAGAUGAAAGAAAUGCUUAUCGGUAGAACAAGGGGCAGGGUGAUCAGUUAAUUUUUGCCGUAAGUAAUGUAAAUUUGAAUAGCAUCUUUGUUUUGUUGAUUAUGAAGUAAUGAAUGCCCCUUUAUUUCAUAGUCCUG